AUGACUUCUAAGUUCCUUGAUGCUGUUGCUGAUAUCAAGACUCAUGUGGAAAAAGUCAAUCCCUUGAAAAAUGCUAUAAAGGCUGAAUUGGCAUCUCUCAGGGCAUCUGUAAACUUUACAAGUGAGAGUUUCGAUGAACUGAACACAGAAAUAAAAUCGCUGCGCAAAGACCUCAAUGAUGCAAAAAACCGUUACCUCGAGUUCCAGAAAGAGAACGCGCAAAUUAAGAAAGAGCUUUGUGACACAAGAAAACAGCUGAUUGACCUGCAGCAAUAUUCGAGGCGCAACAAUAUUGAAUUGAAAGGUAUUCCUUUUGCCGAGAAUGAAGACCUAGAAAAAGUUGUGGAAAAGAUUGCUAACUGUUUGCGCGUUGAGCUGACCAGUCAAGAUUUAGACGUAGUGCACAGAGUACCAACAAAGACAAACAAUGUACCAAAUAUCGUAGUGAAGUUUGUGUCGCGGUCUAAGCGUGAUAAGGUCCUAAAAUCGGCACGAAAGAACAGGCUGAACACAGCGAUGCUUGGUUUCAAGACAAAUGUACCCGUGUUCGUGAACGAACACUUGUGUCUCGAGAAUAAAGUUUUGCUAAGUAAGACCAUACAGAGGAAAAAAGACAAAAACUGGCGAUUCGUCUGGGUUUCUGAAGGAAAGGUAUUGGCAAGGAAAUCGGAGAACUCGAAGGUCAUUCACAUCUCCUGUGAAGAUGACCUCGCGAAACUAGUAUAG